AUGCAAUUUGCUCAUUGGCUAGUGAUCGCUAUUAUACUUGAAACAGGAUCGAGUAUCAGAUUAACGGUCAAUGAUAUUCGCAAUAUCUACAAAGCAAGAAUGAAUAAGAAGACGUUCGAAAUAGCAAAAAAUUUACAUUUAAAUUGGUACAUUUAUGCGAUCAAAGCAUUACUUGGACAAGUUGGCAAACAAAUGUAUCAACAGUUAACUAAAGGUUGGCUAUUGAUGCAGCUCGAUGAUAAACAGAAAAUGCUGGCUUCAUGUCUAGAUCAAAUCGAAGAUGACCGUGAUCUUGUCGCUAGUGCUAAAUGUUUGGUACAGGCACGACGCAGGAGAUAUUUUAGUACCUGUAGAGAAGAUUUUCAACAAGGUCAAGCAAGUAAUGAGUCCUCUGAUACGCCGGCUUUUAUUACAAUUAGUGAUUCCGAGAAGAAGGAAGAAGUUCCAUUCAAAAAUCGUGAUUAUAAAAAAAAAAAUAUGGGAAGACAUCAUCAAACAGUCACAAGAGAAGAAACUUUUCAUAUUUCUCGUUCCGGAUUUGAAAAUAAGCCCUCUAAGCGACAUUCAUCUUCCAAGCAGUUUUUGAGAUUUUCUAAUAUUCUGGAUUUUAAUCAUAUGAAGAAUUUUACUCCACACAAUUUCAACGCUUUCAAACAUUUAACUGAUCCCAUAUCAGUUUCUGAAUCAUCUAAUCAGCAAAAAUUUCGGAUAUCUAAAGAAACAUACCUGAACCGAUUGUUACCUGUUGAUAAGAAAUCAGGGCAUCUAACUUCGAUGCUAAAAAAACAUUCAACAGGAAAAAAUGAAACUUCCGAAACAUUGUACUUAAUUGAAAAUGAAAUUAAACGUAGUACAAACCAUAUUGGACAGUCGCCUAAUUUUUCACAUUAUCAGAAAAAUGGAAGAACGGAAAAACAUUCAAAAAAACCAGAAUUGGUCAAAAAAAUAAAUCUCCCCGAGAGAUCCCGAAAUUUCAAAAAAAGUGACCGCAAAAAAAAGUUAUGGCAACGACGGCGUCGUUCUUAUCGACUUAUCACAAAUCGCGCUAUGAAAAGUGAUCAUCUAAUUAUCGAUGUGGGUAAAGGGACUUAUAAAAGAAUUUCAAAAUCAAAAGUUUCGAAAUUUGAAAAAGGGAAAAA